AGGAAACACUUUGUCAGCUGCGGGAGCACCAAUAGAGAGGAACAAUCCCUUGGGUUACAAGGUUACAUUACUGUCCUCUGUUAUGCUCAAUCUAGGGCGAAUGCUCGGCGCAGGAAUAUACUCUGUUCCGGGCGUCAUACUGAAUUCUGUUGGCUCGGUCGGCCUACUCUUCGUUUUCUGGCUAUUAGCUCCUCUGUUUGCAUUCGGAGGUCUCAUGGUAUACAGUGAAUACGCAAGUAUGUUCCCAAAAAGAUCCGGGGCAGAAGUUGUGUACUUGGAGCAGGCAUAUCCGCGUCCAAAGUUUUUGGUCCCAAUCAUGUUUGCUGUAACCUCAGUCCUUCUGUCUUUUAGCGCAACAAACUCAAUUAUAUUUGCCCAAUAUGCGCUUACAAUUUUCGAUGUCCCCAUCACUCCCGAAAGGCAAACCAUUGUUGCUUUAGCAGUCUGUGCUGCUGGUAUGGCUCUCGUCGCCCUAUCAACGAAAUGGUCUUUAAGAGCUGUGAACAUUCUUACUGGGUUGAAGGUUCUUUCUCUUGUCUUCUUGGUCUUCACGGGCGCCCUCGUACUUGGUGGUUUCACCCACAUCAGCGAUCCGUAUGCCAAUUUUCGGUCACCUUUCAAUGGUAGCACGACCAAUCCAAAUUCUUUGGCUACCGCUCUAGUCAAGACUAAUUUUGCAUUCGCUGGUUGGAACAACGCAUUUAAUGUUAUUGGGGAAGUCCAUACGCGUGACCCUGUCCGCACAGUACGCAAAGCCAGCUUGCUAUCGCUGCUUUUAGUCGCAUGUCUUUUUUUCUUUGUCAAUGUUGCUUACGUGGCAGCGGUGCCAAAGGACGAGAUAAGAAAUUCUGGGCAGCUCAUCGCGGCUUUAUUUUUCCAACGUGUAUACGGAGAGAGCUUCGCAGGCAAAACCCUGCCGAUCAUGGUUGCUUUAAGUUGCUUCGGAAACCUUAUCGCCAUGGCUGUUGGUCAGACACGCGCAUUGCGUGAGAUUGCCCGUCAGGGGCUACUCCCGUAUCCAAGAUUUUUUGCAUCGACCAAGCCAUUCGGCACGCCAUUGGGACCCGUGUGUCUGAAGUACUUUCUCACAGUCUUCGUGAUGGUCGCCCUCCCAGCUCGAGAUGCAUUUAACUUCUUGCUGGACUUGGCUUCUUAUCCGAAUUUAGUGUUCCAUGUUGCAACUGCUAUAGGAUUGUGGCUUCUUCGAAGGCGGCGAGCGCUUGCUGGACUUGCACCUUCGAAGUAUCGUGCGAGGCAUAUUUACGUUUAUCUUUACCUGCUUAGCUCGAUAUUUCUUCUCAUAAUGCCCUGGAUACCACCGGAACCUGGUCAUGGCGACGUGUCUUUCUGGUACGCAACUUACUGUGUGGUGGGCCUGGGUGUCCUUGCGAUGUGUGGAGUCUAUUACUGGCUGUGGAUUAUUGUCUUGCCAUGGCUAGGAGGGUAUACCGUCGUGGAGGAGGUGGAACGAUUGGAAGACGGCGCGUUGACUGCACGGUUGACACGCAAAUACCACCCUUCAGCUGCAGACACUGAUAACGGAGAACGACAACCACUCAUUGCCAGUACUUGAUGAACUUGCAUAAUUGUAGUAACACUUCUUGUAAUGUAAUGCUAAAGCUCAUCAUCCUUGUAUUAGUAUCAUAUAUAAGUGGUCCCGGUGCAGACGCGACUCCC